UCCACUCGAGUGCGCCGCGCACACGACGCUCAUUUCGAUCCACCACCCUUACUUCCUUCCUCCGCCGGCGUUUGCAGUCCAGCGACUUAGACGCCAUGGCUGCCGGCGAUGACUUCGAUGUCGACUCCUUCCUCAACCUCGACGGCAUGGAUGAAGAGACUACCGUGGGAGCCUCCGCCGGACCCCAAAUGGAUCCGGCGGCUCUCGUCCAGCCGCUACAUCCGGUGGUGCUUGACGCGCCUUACAUCCAUCCCGGUGUCCACGUGACGGCGGCUGCCUCCGUUCAGGGGGAGCACCAUCUGGCGCCGCCGGCGCCGAUGCACCUCCAGCACCAGCAGCACUCUCCGGCGGCACUCAUCCAGGGCCAGCAAAUGUUUGGAGAGUCGCAGGCUUGCGACAUAGCAGAGCUGCACCAGUUGAUCGAUGAGGCGUUGGCACGCGGCUUCGACGAUGAAAUACCGAUGCCGGCGCCGAUCGCUCACGUUCCGCACGACUUCCAGGCGGCGCCUUUCCACUAUGUGCAGCACCCUCAGGAUCCGGUGACGGCUCUCCUACACCAGCAAACCCUAGGCGAAGGCGAUGCAUCUGCCUUCGGCUUCCACGAUCAAAUGCCGAUGCCGGCGCCCAUCGCUCAAGGUCAGCACGACUUCCAGUUCCAGGCGGCACCUUCGGAUUACGUGCAGCACCCUCAGCAUCAGGAUCCGGUGACGGACCUCCAACAGCAGCAUAUCCUAGGCGAGGCAUCUGGCUACGGCUUCCAGGAUCAAAUGCCGAUGCAGGCGAACAUCGCUCAAGGUCUGCACGACUUCCAGGCCGCGCCUUCCGACUACGUGCAGCACCAUCAGGAUCAGGAUCCGAUGACGGCCAUCCAGCACCGGCAGAUCCUAGGCGAGGCAUCUACCUUCGGCUUCCACGAUCAAAUGCCGAUGCAGGCGAACAUCGCUCAAGGUCAGCACGGCUUCCAGGCGGGGCCUUCCGAUUACGUGCAGCAUCCUCAGCUGCCGGCGACGGCCGUCCUACCGCCGCAAGUCAUAGGCGAGUCGCCCGCAUUCGGCCUCCACGAUCAAAUCCUGGGCGACGCGUCGGCUUUCAACUUCCAUGAUCAACUGCUGAUGCCGGCGCCCAUCGCUGACGGCCAGCACGGCUUUCAGGCGGCGCCUGCCGAUUACGUGCAGCAUCCUCAGCUGCCGACGACGGCCGUCCUACCGCAGCAAGUCAUAGGCGAGUCGCAGGUAUUCGGCCUCAACGAUCAAUUGCUGGCCGACGCGUCAGCUGUCGGCUUCCAUGAUCAACUGCCGAUGCUGGCGCCCAUCGCCGACGGUCAGCACGGCUUCCAGGCGGGGCCUUCUGAUUAUGUGCAGCACCUUCAGGUGCCCGAUGCGGACAUCCAGAGCGAGCAGAUCAUAUUCGAGGCGUCUGCUUAUGGCUUGCAGGAUCAACUGCCGACGCCGCCAUCAGGAGGAAGCGAGGAAGAUGUGUUCAGCCUUCCACCCAUUGACGACAGCUCCGAGAUGAUGCAAGAGUACUUGAUGGACAAUGUUGCGGUGGAGUUUGUAAGCGACCAAGCAGUAAACCAUGCUGGCGGUAGCGGCGCCACUGGCCUUAUGGAGGACGAAAUGGAUUUCGUCCCGCUCUGGCCAGGGCGACUGGAAUGUGACCACUGCCAUGUCCUCGGGAAGAUCAGGUCCCAGAGUGAGACUCGACAAGUGUUUAUCUUUCUCCACAGUGCGGCUGAUGGAAGUAUCCAACAUGCUAUCAUGGAAAUCAAUUACCAUGGCGACGACAUCCAAGCCCCCAAGCUGUACAUUGAUUUCAGUCGGCAAACCCGCGAGUUUGUGCUCAACUUCAUCCGGAACAAAGUUGAGUUGUUGAGGAAGGAGACGGGUGGUGCCGUGCUGGACUCCCACGAGGUCGCCCAGAACUCCAACAUCAUUGAAGCACCGCCGCCAUCACCACCUCAAGAUGCUGAGCCGUCCAUGGAGGCCACUGCAGACAACAACGUGAUCGUGAAUGGAUUACCAGAGCCUCCCGUUUUUCAGUCCUUUGAUGAGGAUCAGGAAAAUCAGCCCAGCGAGAGUGCCGAGGUGCACUCAAGCAUGCCCCGUAUGCAGCAGGAGAGAGCGGCACCUCCCACCUUGGAGGAGAAAGCCGAGGAGAUUCGGCAGUACCUCCAGGAGCUAAAGGAGAAUGCUCAGAGGGAAUUGAAUACGAAUGACGCCAACCUCAAGAUCUUUUGCCGUAGAACCAACUGCACCUGGAAGGUGGUCCGGAUAAGGAAGCUUAACAGAAUGAUUGUUACACUCGGCGAGAAUCUAUUUAGGUUUUCGUUGAGUAGGUUGAUGAGAAAUAAGGAGCGUGCUGAUGAAUGUGUGAUUGAGAAAACACAAGUGCAUGGUCAAAUCACCAGAGAUAUGGACAAGGGUAAAAACACUGAAAAUGGAGCUGGUCCUUCCCAUGCCAAGAAGAAGCGUCGUGGUGCCAGAUAGAUACACUACUAUUGUAAUUCAUGCCGACACCACAUCCUAAUACGUGUGGUAAUUUGUUAAGUCAAUAAUAAUGUACGCUCGAUCGUACACUACAAAUAA